CAAAAUAUUACAACACUUUGCUUUCAUCAUCGCUUUAAGAUUCGGGAAGACCAAUGUAUUCAAUUAAGAAAGAAUCACUAUCGUCAAUCUACCAUAGAUGCGAUUGGAUCUGUUUUUCAGUUUCUGAGGGAUCGAUAUUUCUGAUUGAUGGGAGUAGCUAGAACUUCCUCUCAUCAAUCUGGCUCAGUUCAUCGAUCUACUAAUAAUAAUCACUUUCAUCUAAUCAAAAAGCCAAACAAGAUGAAAACAAGGACUGUCUUUGGGAUUUCACUGUCACUCAUUCUCAUCAACAUGGCUGCUAUUAUGGAGCGUGCUGAUGAGAAUCUCCUACCUUCUGUCUACAAAGAAGUCAGUGAAACUUUCAAUGCUGGGCCCACUGAUUUGGGAUAUCUUACGUUCAUACUAAGAUUUGUGCAGUCACUUUCAUCACCAGUAGCUGGAAUUUUAGUUCUCCGUUAUGACAGACCCACUGUUCUUGCUAUGGGCACUUUGUGCUGGGCCAUAUCGACGGCCGGAGUGGGUGUAAGUUAUCAAUUUUCACAGGUUGCAUUUUGGAGAGCUGUGAAUGGUGUUGGUUUAGCUAUUGUGAUACCCGCACUUCAGUCAUUCAUUGCUGAUAGUUAUGCCGAUGGUGUUCGAGGCACAGGGUUUGGUAUGCUAAGCCUUGUUGGUUCUGUGGGUGGAAUAGGUGGCAGUGCUAUGGCAACAAUUAUGGCUGGUCAGGAAUUCUGGGGAGUUCCUGGGUGGCGAUGUGCAUUUAUUAUGAUGGCAUUAUCGAGUUCAGUAAUUGCUUUGCUCGUCUAUAUGUUUGUUAUUGACCCAAGGAAACAACAUAAACAUAUUUCUCAUGAAAUGACUGAGAGCUCUGAAAGAGAAAACUUGGUAGAGAAGGGGAAUGUUAGUAUACCAUCGGUAUGGUCAGAGUCAUGGAGAGCCAUGAAAACUGUGACGAAAUUGCAAACUUUCCAGUUUAUUGUACUGCAAGGAAUUGUUGGUACACUUCCCUGGACAGCCAUGGUGUUCUUCACUAUGUGGUUUCAAUUGAUUGGCUUUGAUCAUAACAAUACAGCUGCUCUCCUCAGUCUCUUUGCCAUCGGGUGUUCAAUGGGCUCCCUCCUAGGCGGACUAAUAGCAGAUAGGAUGUCACGCGUCUAUCCACACUCGGGGCGCAUAAUGUGUGCACAAUUUAGUGCUUUCAUGGGUGUACCCUUUUCAUGGUUCCUCCUUAUGGUUAUUCCGCAGUCAGUAAGUAGUUGGUCUAUAUUUGCUGUCACUCUCUUUUUUAUGGGACUCACGAUUAGCUGGUGUGCUACUUGCGCAAACAACCCCAUGUUUGCUGAGGUGGUCCCUUCAAAGCACAGGACCAUGAUUUAUGCAUUUGAUCGUGCCUUUGAAGGCUCAUUCUCUUCAUUCGCCGCCCCCAUUGUUGGUAUCCUCUCAGAGAAGGCAUUCGGCUAUGAUCCAAAGGCUGUGAGUUUGACAUCAGGUUCCAUAAAAGAGGCAUUUGCUUUGUCAAGAGGGCUUGUAUCAAUGAUGUCUGUUCCGUUUGCUCUGUGUUCCCUUUUCUACACCCCAUUGUAUUGGUGUUACAAGCGAGAUCGGGAGAAUGCUAGAAAUGCAGCUUUGAAAGAGCAAGAGAUGACAUGAAAAGAUGUCUUAGAAUUUUGUAGAUUUAGUUGUUGACACACUCUCUGAUCCAGUUGACAUCCCACCCAUCUACAGUAAACAAACAUUUUUAUUUAUACUCGAGGCAUAGAACUUGGUGAUCUCACAGAUUUGGUGCGAAUUCAUUUUUAGUGUCACCAGAUAUGAGCCAGUUGUAUCGUACAAUCAUUUGUAGAAUCUUUUAUACAAAUUCUCAAUUCUUAUUACAAGAGAUUGGGAUCAGUAUAGCUCAAUACAUCUCUGUAAAAAACCAAUUUUGUUGUAGAAUGAGUGUUUAUGUUGCAGCUUUCGUGUAUGCUAUGACGCUAUACCUGAAAUUCAAACGCAAAAUGCAGGUUG